AUGGAAGUUGCUGUGCUUUUGGAGGUGAAAAAACAAAAAAUCACUGGUCGCCAUUUUUUGGAACUUGCUGAUCGGGGAAAUCUGCCUGGAAAGUUCUACUAUAUGGUAAUGACGUUGGUUGGAAAAAGUUUGCAGGAUCUUCGUAAAACUGCUCCAUUCAACAAAUUCUCAAUGGGAACUGCCAUUUCUGUGGCCAGACAAUCGUUGGAGGCUGUUGAAGAUUUGCAUAGCAUCGGAUUCUUGCAUCGAGACAUCAAACCAGGAAACUAUACUAUCGGACGUAAAGAGAUGCACGAACUAAGAAAAGUGUACAUGCUUGACUUUGGAAUGGCUCGUAAAUUUGCCCGCGAAGACGGAACACUUCGUAAUCCACGUGCUCGUGCAGGCUUCCGUGGAACUGUCAAAUAUGCACCAUUGGCAUGUCACAUUCAACGUGAGCAAUGUCGCAAAGAUGACAUAGAAAGUUGGCUGUAUAUGGUCGUUGAAAUGACAUCUGGACGUCUUCCAUGGCGUAAUCUGACUGAAUCAGAUGACGUCGGAGUGUUCAAGAAGGAAUGCAAAACGACUCGUCAGAGGUGUCUGUUCGGAGGAUGUCCUCGUGAAUACAUGGAGGUUUUUCCAAUUCUGGAUAAGGGAAAAUUUUUCGAUGCUCCCGAGUACAAAUCAAUCUACGAUCUUCUGAACAAGGCAAUGGAGAAUACUAAAGCGAAUGAGUUUCCUUAUGAUUGGGAGUAA